GGUGCAGCCCUGUCACGCCCACAGCGCCCCCUUUCGGCCCGGACGGCCCACCACGCCCCGGCGCCUAUGAAAGGGUACCAUGUCAGCCGUAGCAUGUCCCAGCAUUCCUCCGGUGGUGGCGGGGGAGGCCCUUGCCACUGCCCGCCUGAGGACUGUGAUGGCCCCGGCAGAGAAUACUACCAGGGUCACAGCGAUGGCCAAUACUACCCUCCGGGGGGUCAUGCCGAGGCUCUGGCACUGGAAAGGCAUCAUUCCCACUCCCACUCCCACAGCCACUCUGGAGGCGGUACUUUUCCCCGCUCCCAGCACCCACCUCUCCAGUCGUUUGACUCUUGUGAGGAGUGCCUGACCUCAGGCCACGGAGGGAAGAUGCACCGCAUUCCACCGAAUAUGGGUGACCAGUUUGAGAAGCAGGUGCCCUUUCAUCCCGAUGGUUUCCACACGCUGCAGUACCAGCGCACUGCUAGUGGGGGCGCUGAACAACGCAGUGAAAGCCCCUCCCGUAUCCGUCACCUAGUCAACUCCGUGCAGCGCCUCUUCGCCAAGUCACAUUCCCUGGAAGCACCAUCCAAGCGGGAAUACAACGGCACAAGAGGAGGUGGGGACUACCGUGGUGAGAGAGGAGGAGGUCACAGGAGUGGAGGGGAGGACGGUGGAGGCCACUACUCAGGCCACCAGUCUCGCUCUACCAGGAGGAGCAAGUCUCGAGAGCGCAGCAAGAGUGGAGACUCGAGGCACGAAUCGGGCCGACGCCACCGCAGCAGGACGGCGGGCUGGUGGAGCUCUGACGACAACCUGGACAGCGACAGCAGCUACCUGGUGAGCGGAGGCAGACGGGGGUAUCCCAGUGGACACGAAAGCCUUGACGCUGCCAUCCAGGAACUCACCAUGAAGAAACCCAAGGAUCACGGGGGUGGGCCGGCGCCCGGGGAGUGCGUGGCGUGUACCACAAUGGCUUUGGCUGGGACUGAGGGAGGGGGACACCAAGGACACCAUGGCCACUCAAUGAAGAGGAGCACCUGGUCAGCCAUGACAGUGAGUCAGGCCAGGGAGGUGUACCCGUCCACCAGGGGAGGAGCCUAUAAUAAAGCUCUUGUACCCCUGGAGAGCAAACUGAAGGAGAGGACCUUCCACUACCUGCAGGUCCCCUCAGAUGACUGGGGAGGCAGCUACGGUGGCGGCGGCCCGGGCGAAACCGGUGGAGAGAUCCCUUGCCGCCGCAUGCGGAGCGGCAGCUACAUCAAGGCCAUGGGUGAUGACGACAGCGUGGACUCCGACACCAGCCCCAAGGCCUCGCCCAAGUCCACCCUGAUCGCUCAGAGAGACGCCUUCCGACGAUCCAUCAGCAUGGAUCAGAGGUACUCGUGUAAGCAGUGCACAGAUUCCUACCCUACCAGCCGGACCACGCCCAAAACCCACACCCGCUCUCGUAGUUACACCCGCUCUCUGACCAGCUCACAGCUGGGGGACACAUUGAACCGUCAGUUUGAGGCCGUGUGUGAGACCAUGUUCGGGGAGGUGGAGUCCCAAGCCGUGGAGGCCCUGGAUCUGCCGGGCGUGUUUCGCUCCCGCAGCCACAGCUACGUCCGCGCCAUCCAGGCCGGCUGUUCCCAGGACGACGACUGCCUCUCCGUCUUCUCCAUGUCAGGCCCCCAGGGAAGCAUCAAGGGCGGGGCCGUCUUUCCUUAUCGUAAAGGUGCUCCUCCCCCACUCCCACCUCGCAUGUCCAAGUCUUCUCUCUCGGUGCGGGCCCAAAGCAGCACCGAGUCCACCCAGGACGCCUACUUCCAGAAUAGCGGACAGUUGGCCUCGGUCUCCGGGCGCCAGAAGCAGCACAGCAACUCUGUGGACAUGGGCAGCUCUGACGGACCCUCGGGUCGCACCUCCAGGGGGGGCUACUACACCGCCACGGGCUCUGGACGGUCCCGACAGCACAGUAACUCGGCAGAGAGCCUCGACGGGGUCAGGGGUUCACGAGAGCUGGUACCCUACGGAGGGGGUCCGGGGGUCGGGGUGAGAGCCAAACACAGCAGCUCAGCUGACAGCCUACUGGAGGGGCCACCAAGGCCGGCCAGAGAGAGGGAUGGCAGGGCUGGGGGUAGCCUGGGGAAAUCAGUCUCUCUGCCUCAGAACAGCCUAGUGCUGUGUAAAGCUGCAGGGCAGGAUGAAGGAAGAAGAAAGUGGAGUCCAUCAAUAGCUGUACAGGUGGACAGCUCGGGGACCCUGUCCGAUUCAGAGGGAGAGGGUAAAGCUCUGACAGAGGUCCACUCUAUAGGGGUCCAGGUGGAAGACGACAAAAGGCGGGCUCGCUUCAAGCGCUCCAACAGCGUGACGGCGAGCGUGCAGGCCGACCUGGACCCCGAGGGCUUCCCGGGGCUCAGCAUCGCCGUGCCAACGCAGGAUAAGAGUCUCCAGUUCGGCUGCUCCUUCCAGAGGCACUCGUCGGAGCCCGAGUCGGCCAGCCAGUACGCGGAGUGCCACCGCACCGUCCACACGCAGGGACAGUGGGCCUACAGAGAGGACUUUAUUCAGGGUGGCUACCCCAACGAGGCCUGCCCAGCUGACCCGCGGCCCCAUCCCCACCCGCACUUGCCCCCACGUUCCCACUCCCCUCUGCCCAUCACCUCUGAGCGAGCCUGGGCGGGAACACCGUCCCUGGAGGGCCCCCGCAGCCUGCCCGACUCGGGCCGAGCCUCACCCUGCAUGAGGGACGGAGAGUUCUUCUUGCGCCUCCUUCAGACAGAAGUGGAGAGGAUGGAGGGCUGGUGCCAGAACAUGGAGAGAGAGGCCGAGGAGAACGAGCUGCCCGAGGAGAUUCUUGAGCUGAUUCGAAAUGCAGUUGGCAGCGCCCAGAUGGUCAUGUCUCAGAAAGUCCAGCAGUUCUUCCGCCUCUGCCAACAAAGUGUGGACCCAUCAGCCUACCCUCAGCCCACCUCUCAGGACCUGGCAGGCUUCUGGGACCUGCUCCAGCUCAACAUAGAGGACGUCAGAGUCAGGUUUCAGGACCUCCAGAGGCUCAAGGACUCUGGUUGGAGGCUCCCACCUGAAAAGAAGGAGGACAAGAAGCUUCCUCCUCCUUUACCAAAGAAGCCAGCGGGUGGCGUGAGCGGCAGCCUCCGGGCCGAUAGCGCCGGUGACCUGGGCAGCGGAGGUGGGUCGGGGGGCCUGGUGGUGCCUCGUGUGGGCGGACACACCUUGCCCAUCAGGGAGAAGUCCCUGGACCUCGGGGAUCGUCAGAGGACGGAGGCGAGGAGGAGGCUGCUGCAGACCAAGAGAACCGCCUCCUUCAGGCAGAACUCGGCCACGGAGAGCGCCGACAGCAUCGAGAUUUACAUCCCCGAAGCCCAGACUCGACUCUGA